GCUUGGUGAAAGAAUAGAUUGGGCAUUAAACCAAGAAAAAUAUUAUAAUUGAACUAAAGAUUAACGGUUGUCUGUGGGUGAACAAAUUAUCAUUGUGAUGGAAUUUGAAGCACGUGCAUGAAUAACAACAAACGCAUAUGAUGCACUACUGUGUAACAUUUGAAGUGCAUUUUUAUCAGUAAACAGGAGUGUGUACACAAUCUUCAAAAUUUUACAAAGAACCGUGUUGAAAUAUAUAGAUAAACAAGAAAACUUUUAUCGGAUUAUUGAAGAUAUGGAUAUUGAUAUUUUAUGUUUUGACUGAUAUACACAGUAUAUUUAGAUUGUGAUAACAUUUCUGGAGGAACUGGUGAUCUGAUUUAAUAAAGGAGUAGUUAUUACACAGACGUUGAAGAUGAGUAUGAGAGAGCAAUCAAAAGAGGAGAAAAAUAGUCGUUUUGCAAACAAAAGGAAACAAAAACGGGCCCAGAGACAUAGAUCCGAUGGAUUCAUGGUUGGUAAAGAUAUCGAUAGUUUCGAAGAUGACGACGAAAUUAAAAUGGAUGCUGUUAAUUUUCUCAUGUGGUUGAAAAAUCCAAAUCUUCAAAAUUUGGUAAAAUUAAGGAAAUGUAUUAAAUCUAACGAUGUUGACUGGAUGACAGAAUUUCUCCAGUUUGAUGGCCUAGGGAUGCUAUUCCAAUGCCUUAAAAAUUUAGGGGCUUACAAAACCCAUCAUUUGUCGGAUAUGGUUCUGAAGUUAGAAUGUAUAAUGUGUAUUCGAGAAGUGGUCAAUUCACAAAGUGGUGUAGAUUGUUUAUUGAAAAUAAAGGAAAGAAAAGACAACAUUUUUGGGCGGAGAUUUGCUUCAGCAUUAGACACAAACAAUGUUAUGGUAAAGAUGCAGAUGUUUGAACUCUUGUCAGCUUUAUGUGUUUACUCUAAAGAAGGUUUCUAUCUGACCUUAGAUGCCAUGGAGCAAUACAGGAUCUGGAGAAAGCUGCCAUAUAAAUUCAGUCUUCUGAUUAAGGAACUUCGUGCUGCCGAUCUGACAGCGUACAGGACAACACUGAUGGCCUUGGUCAAUUCUAUUGUGGUAUCAAAUGAAGAACUUCAUGACCGACAUCGUGUACGAUGCGAUUUUGUAUCACUAGGAAUUCUUGAUAUCUUAAUACUAUUACGACAAGAUGUUGAUCCACAUUUAACUGUGCAGUGUGACGUAUUUGAAGAGGAAUUAGCCGCUGAUAACGAGGCUCUGGAAGAUCUUAGAGAACAAAGUUUAGUUAACAUUCAGGAUCCCAAAGCACUGUUUGAUGCUAUUGACAAAAAGGUUUCUCAUACACCCCUGUCUUACUCAUUGUUGAGUAUACUGUAUAGUCUGUUUCAAAUUGACCCACACCACAGCAAUAGUGAAGCCACAUGGACUUUGGUAGAAAAACUUACACAACAAGCAAUAAGUUUAGAUUCUUCAGAAUCUCACCUUAAAAGAGGAUUAUCAAUAAAGACACUUCGACGGGAGGAUAAAGAAGUUCAAACUGAUGAUGACCUUCCUCGUAUGCGCAUGUCAGUGGCUAAUAGAAACAAACUCUCAACAGAAGCAAUACAAGCCGUUUCGUCAGCAUAUUCACAAGCAACAGCGGAUCUACCAACUAAAGAAUAUAAGGGUUCUUCUGCUGCAAUGCCUAUGGCAUCAGGACCAAUUGCUGUGCCGCCACCUCCUCCUCCGCCGCCACCGCCCGGUGGCAUUCCACAUCCGCCUUGUGGAAUACCGCCGCCUCCGCCUCCUCCUGGCGGUAUUCCUCCUCCGCCUGGUGGAGUUCCUGCACCGCCACCACCUCCAGGAAUGGGAGGACCUCCACCUCCGCCUGGUGCACCAGGGGCACUGAAGCCUCCAAGUCCUCCUCCGCCAGCAAUCACAACACCUGAUCCACAUUGUAAAAUGAAGAUAUUUAACUGGAAUAAACUACCUCCUGCUUCUUUUAAAAAAACCAGCGUCUGGGCAGAUGUGCUAGGUAUGGAUGACAAGGUAGACGUAGAAUAUGAAAAGUUAGAGGAAUGGUUUUCACAAAAGCAAACGGCGCCAGCUGUUCUAUUGAAACCAGAAAACAAUCAAGCACAAUCAGCAAGAAAGCAUUCCACUUCACAAAUGAUUUCCUUACUAGAUGCAAAGAAAAGUAUGAAUGCCAAUAUAUUCCUAAAACAGUUCCGUAAACCCCCAGAUGUGAUAAUACAAUUAAUUAAAGAAGGAGAUCCAAGAUCAGUUGGUGUAGAAAAGCUUAAAAGCUUAAAUAAACUUCUUCCUUCUUGUGAUGAGGUAGACACCUUUACACAGUUUGAAGGUGACAAAGAAAGACUUGGUGAUGCUGAAAAGUUUUUCAUGGAAUUAAUCAAACUUUCAGAAUAUGAAUUACGGAUUGAAGCAAUAAUUUUGAAAGGAGAAUUUAAUUCCUUGAUUGGAUCAAUUAGACCAAAUAUUCAAAUUUUGAAUCAAGUUUGUAGAAAGCUUUAUGACAAUCAUUCGAUCAAGUCAUUUUUUCGUUAUAUACUUCAUGCAGGAAACUUCAUAAACAAGAAAAAUAAUUGUGGAAAUGCAAUAGGAUUUAGAAUAAGUUCACUGAAAAAGCUUGUAAAUACUAAAUCUAAUGUUCCUAGAAUGACAUUACUACAUCAUCUUGUUGAAGAGACGGAGAGGAAAAAUAAGGAUACUUUAGGUUUUGUUGAUGAUUUACUUGACCUUCUCCAGAAAGCUGCCAGAUUUACAUUAGCACAAACCGUAGCAGAAUUUAACAACCUCAAGAAACACGUCCAAAACAUAAAGAGUAAAGUAGAUAAGGUAGAAGAUGAGGAAGUUAAAGGACAGUUUUCUGAUUUUAUGGCUGAAGCUAUGAAUGAUUUGGAAGACGUGGAAGAGGGAAUUAGUCGUGUAAAGGCAUUAUCUACUAAGAUGGCUGAACACUUCUGUGAAAAUGAAAGAUCAUUUAGUUUGGAUGAAUUUUUGGAAACAUUCAAAGAAUUCACUGAAAAUAUCAAGACCUGCCAACAAGAACUGACAACACAGAAAGAACAACAGGAAACAGCAGAGAAAAGACGGAAAGCACAGGAAGAAAUAUAUAGCAAAAGGAGAAGUGGUAACUUUUUACAUCCCAGUAAAUCUGAGGACAAGAAGAUUGUUGAUAGCAUUGUUAGUGAAAUAAAACAAGGAAAAGUGCUUCGUCGUCUAUCAUUAAGAAAGAAGGAGCCUGUUCCGCUCAAAUUAAAUAUACGUCGGGAAGUUAGUCAUUUGUAGUUAUAUAUCAUGGUAGAUACAGAGACAAUUGCGUCAUUUCAUUUAACCAAAUGAUAAUUAUAUUCUGUGAUAUGCAAUUUUUAACUACAGUAUUUUACAACUUGACAGUGUUCAAAUAAAUUUUCUUGCCAAAUAUUUUUUUCAGUUAUAUCUGAAACAUUGCUGAAGAAAUUUCAUUGUGAAUAUUGUGUAUAUAUGUCAUGAAUUUCAACCUGAUUAACUGCUUAUUUAUAUUUGAAUGUACUAUUUAUUUAUCUUGACGAUCGGAUAUUUCGCACCAACAUUGUGUCAAUUGUCUGUACAGUAUAUAUAUUGUUAUCUGAGAGUCGAACACCUUAUGUUUUUUAUGCAUUACGAUUAAAAUCUGUUCAAUGAUAGAAAUGGAAUAAAUCUGCAAUACUUUUAA